GUCCCCACACGCUUCCUUCCUGCACAUCAUCAUCAUCUCUACUCCACUUCUCCCAUCUCUCGCUCUCUCUUUCUCUGCUUCUGAUCUUGUCAUCAGCAUAUACUGAUUAGUUGAUCUUUUACUUUGUUGUUCGGGGAAGCCAGGAGGAGUAAGAAAUUUAAGUAUAUAACUUAUUAUGUUCCCAAAUGUGUUACUGCUUUGCUCCUUUCGUCCAGGCAGUUCCAGGACUAAGAAGAAAGCUAAUAGAGGAAAGCUUGAGAUCAAUGCCGAGGAUCACGGGUACUCGCAGUAUCCGGUCAUGCACAAUGGCCGGCCAGUUCCAGUUAACGAGCGAGACAGGUCUGCUGCUCAGCGAUAUGAGUGCAAUGCUCCCGCUCGGGAGAAAAAUUCAAGUGGAAGGAAGAAAGUCUCGAACUUCUGUGAUGUGAUUCAGCGUGUCGCUGCAUCGUGCUUGCUCCGCCCUCUCACGGCCAGCUGGCAGGAUCCUGAAGAGAUGCCACGGUCGCUUGCUGAGGAGUGCAAUUGGGAGUACGAUGAGUACUACAGGGGGCAAAUACUGAUGGAAGAUCAAGAGGAUGAUGGAAGCCAUAAGAUCAGGUUCUCGGAGCUGCAAAUACUAAUGAAUCAGAUGUUCGAUGCUGUUUCGGCAGUUAAGAGGGCCUACAUGGGGCUGCAAGAGGCGCAUUGCACGUGGGACCCAGAGAGGAUGAGAGCUGCUGAUGUGGCGGUGGUGGAGGAGCUGACGAGGCUCGGGGAUCUAUGGGAGAAGUGGAGGAGGAGGAGCGAGACAAUGGGCAAGUUAGAAGGUGGCUGGAAGGCGAGAGGUGCAGGUGGCGGAUCGAGGCCGAGGGAGGUGGUUGUGCCGCCGUAUGAGGCAGUGGUGGAGCAGCUGAAGAAGGAGGUGAAGGCGAGGGGAGUGGAGGUUGACAGGCUAAAGAAGAAGCUGAAUGUGGCCAGUGAUGGAAAGAAGGCCAGGUCCCAAUCAAAGAGGAAAGUCAGCUGCUGUCAAGGUUUAGUUGCGACAUCUCUGAUGCCGGAGCUAUUUGACCUGACGAUGUGUCAAGUGAGAGAGGCGUCCAAAUCCUUCACGUCCCUUCUCCUUUCCCACAUGCGUGCCGCCCACUGGGACAUUUCUGCUGCGGUCCGAUCCAUUGAAGCUUCAGCUGCUGCUGCAUUAUCAGUGAACGGGGUUCACCAUGCAAAGCAUGCCCUCAAGUCGUACAUCUCCCGGAAAAUCUUCCAGGGCUUCGAACAUGAGACUUUCUUCAUGGACAGAAGCCUCUCGUCGCUCCUCAACCCAGAACAAUACCGUCACGACUGUUUCACCCAAUACCAGGACAUGAAAGCCAUUGAUCCAAUCGAGUUGCUGGAGGUCCUGCCUGCCUGCAACUUCAGUAAGUUCUGCUCUAGGAAAUACCUCUCCAUCAUCCACCCCAAAAUGGAGGUGUCCUUCUUCGGCAAUUUGGAGCAGCGUAGACAGUUAAUGGCCGGUAAACAUCCUAGGUCCCAGUUCUACCGCGAUUUCCUGGGACUUGCUAAAGCAGUUUGGCUGCUUCACUUGCUUGCUUUCUCUCUCGACCCGCCACCGAGUCUGUUCGAGGCAGAUCGGGGGGCAGAGUUUCAUCCUCAGUACAUGGAAAGCGUGGUGAAGGGCACUAUGGGGCUGGUCCCUCUGGGCCAGACUGUGGGUUUUCCUGUCAGCCCAGGUUUCAAGCUCGGGAAUGGAACCGUGAUCAAGGCUAGGGUCUACUUGUUCAGUCAACCGUGGGAGAAACAUAUAAAUUCAUAAACCGCAUAGGGGUCGAGAAACAAUUUGCUUUUUAUUUAUAACUUCAAGAAUUUCAAUUUCCAUAAUAAAUUACAGACAAUAAUCACUGUAUCUUCCUACUCGAAUUGCAGCAAUCCAACAACACUGAAAUAAUCUUAGCAGAAA